AUGAACGCCUCGAAAAAGAGUAUGAUUAGGAAGUCACCGGAAAACAGUGCGCAGAAGAAUGGGGCAGAGGAUAACUUCAACGAGAGGGCAACGAAGGAAAAAUUUGUUAGCAGCAUCUCGAAAGACUGCGCGCACGAGGUGAAAGAGAUACUGGUCAUCAGCUUUUCGGACGAAAGUGUGAUUGAGGUUACGGAAAGGAGUUGGGUGAUGAGUGCCUCGUAUGAAGACGUGAAUGAGGAGACACUGUCGAAUGUCGAAGGAGACACUGGUCGUCAGCUCUUCGGGUCAAAGCGUUAUUGA